AUUACAUACACUAUAUUGCCAAAAGUAUUGGGCCAGCCCUUCAAAUCAUGUGAUUCAGGUGCUCCAAUCCCCUCCAUAUCAUGUGAUUCAGGUGUUCCAAUCCCCUCCAUAUCAAACAUUGGUGAAAGAAUGGGUCGCUCUCAGGAGCUCAGUGACUCCAAGCGUGGUCCCGUGAUAGGUGGCCACCUGGGCAAUAAGUCCAUCCGUGCCAUUUCCUGGCUACUAAAUAUUCCACGCUCAACUGUUAGUGGGAUUAUAACAAAGUGGAAGCAACUGGGAACAACAGCCACUCAGCCAACAAGUGGUAGGCCACGUCACAUGACAGGGCGGGGUCAGCGUAUGCUGAAGCGCACAGUGCACAGAAGUCGCCAACUGUCUGCAGAGUCAAUAGCUAAAGACCUCCAAACUUGGUGUGGCCUUCAGAUGAGCCCAACAACAGUGCGUAGAGAGCUUCAUGGAAUGGGUUUCCAUGGCCGAGCAGCUGCAUCCAAGCCUUCCAUCACCAAGUGCAAUGCAAAGCGUCGGAUGCCGUGGUGUAAAGCACGCCGCCACUGAACUCUAG